AUGACAAAGGACAAUCAAAUUGAGCCUUUAUUAAAUCCAAAUGAAGAAAGGUAUGUUUUAUUUCCUAUUAAAUAUCAUGACAUAUGGCAGAUGUAUAAAAAAGCCGAGUCAUCAUUCUGGACGGUAGAAGAAGUUGAUCUAACUGCCGACAGAAAUGAUUGGUUAUCAUUAAAUGAUAAAGAAAGAUACUUUAUUUCAAAUAUUUUAGCAUUUUUUGCCGCGUCAGAUGGUAUUGUUAACGCCAAUUUAGUUGAGAGAUUCGCUAAUGAAGUGACAAUAUUAGAAGCAAAGUGCUUUUAUGGAUUUCAAGUAGCCAUAGAAAAUAUUCAUAGUGAGAUGUAUUCAUUAUUAAUAGAUGCUUAUAUUACAGAUCAAGAUGAAAAAACACAUCUCUUUAAUGCGAUAAGUACUAUUCCAUGUAUAAAAAAGAAAGCUGACUGGGCACUUAAAUGGAUUAAAGAUGAAAAAUCAUCAUUCGCGACACGCGUCAUUGCUUUUGCGUGCGUAGAAGGAAUAUUUUUUUCCGGCGCAUUUGCGUCAAUCUUCUGGCUAAAGAACAGAGGUCUUAUGCCUGGUCUUACUUUCUCUAAUGAAUUAAUUUCUAGGGAUGAAGGGUUGCAUUGUGACUUCGCUUGUUUGCUAAAUCAAUAUUUAAUUAAUAAAUCGCCACACAUUCUUGAUAUAGUGAAAGAAGCGGUAGAAAUAGAGAAAGAAUUUCUAAGUGUCAGUUUACCGGUAAAUCUUAUUGGGAUGAAUUGUAAGCUUAUGUGUCAAUAUAUUGAAUUUGUAGCUGAUAGAUUAUUAAUUAAUUUAGGACUUGAGAAAUAUUACAAUACACUGAAUCCCUUCGAUUUUAUGGAAAAUAUAAGUUUAGUAGGGAAAACCAAUUUCUUUGAUAAAAGAGAGUCACAAUAUCAAAAAGCCUUUGUAGGAAUUGAAAAUGGCAAUGACACAUUUUCGCUCGAUGCCGAGUUUUAA